AUGAAGUCUGCAGCUUUUAAUAAAAUGCAUCAUGAGAGACGGUCUGCCAAUUAUAAGCCAAAUAUUUGGAAAUACGAUUUCCUGGAAUCUCUUAAUAGCAUUUACGAUGGACCAGAACAUAAAAGACGGGCAGAGAAGUUGAUAGAGGACGUAAGAAUUAUAUUUGGGGUAGCGGUUGACUCAGAGGCAAAGUUGGAGCUGAUUGACAGCGUGCAGAAGUUAGGGUUAGCCACCCACUUUGACAUGGAAAUCAAGGCGGCGCUAGACACCAUGGCAUCCAUCAACAAGAACAAUCAGAGUCCAGGAGAAGAGGGUCCUUUAUACGUUACUGCUCUGUGUUUUAAGCUUCUCCGGCAGCAUGGCUAUGGUGUUUCACAAGAUAUGUUUAGCGGCUUCAUGGAUGAAAAGACGGGAACGUUCAGGAAAAGCAAACACGAAGAUAUCAAAGGAAUGCUGGAGCUUUUGGAGGCCUCGCAUCUAGCUUUAGAAGGUGAGGACAUUCUGGAUGAGGCUAGAGAAUUCUCAACCACAACUCUCGAAGAAGCCAUUCCCAAUUUAGACGGUCACCGUGCGAAGCAGGUGGCUCAUGCUUUGGAGCUUCCCUCACAAAGGAGGGUGCAGUGGUUUGACGUCAAAUGGCACAUCUACGUCAAGGAGAAAGACCGGCACACGAACGCUAUUUUACUUGAACUUGCUAAACUAAAUUUCAACGUAAAUCAAGCCACACUCCAAAAAGAUCUGAAGGAAUUGUCUAGGUGGUGGAGGAAUCUGGGCCUCAGAGAGAGCUUGAGUUUUGCAAGAGACAGGCUGGUCGAAACGUUCAUCUGCUCAGUGGGGUUUGCUUUUGAGCCUGAGAACAGAUGUUUCAGAAAAUGGCUUACUAAAGUCCUCAUUCUAGUUGCGAUAAUUGAUGAUGUUUAUGACGUUUAUGGCACGUUGGAAGAAUUAACACACUUCACCAAUGCAGUAACUAGGUGGGAUGUCAGGGAAACUCAACAGCUUCCAGAGUGCAUGAAGACUUGCUUCCUAGCACUCUACAAUACAGUCAAUGAAUUCGUUAAUGAAGUUCGAAGAGAGAAGGGUUGGGACCCAUUAUUACCUCAUCUAAAGAAAGUGUGGGCAGGUUUUUGUAACGCAUUAUUUGUGGAAGCAAAGUGGUACAACACGGGCUACACUCCAUCUCUAGAGGAAUAUCUUAGCAACGCAUGGAUUUCAUCAUCCGGCUCUGUGCUUUUGGCCCAUGCUUUUUUCUGUCUAGAGCACAAGGUAACUGAGGAGUACGAAAACUUUAUGGAGAAAAAGAAAGAACUUCUGUAUAAUUUGUCCAUGAUAAUUCGGCUCUGCAAUGAUCUUGGAACAUCAUCGGCUGAAGUGGAAAGAGGCGAUGCUCCUUCAUCAAUCCUGUGUUAUAUGAGAGAAGAGAAUGUUUUAGAAGAAAUAGCUCGGAAGCAUAUCGAAGGAAUGAUAAACAGAACUUGGAAGAGAUUAAAUGGGCAAUGCUUCACCCAAUUGCCCACUUUGCAACCAUUUAUCAAUAUGGCAACGAAUAUUGCUCGUGUGGUGCACGGCCUUUAUCGCCACGGAGAUGGGUUUGGAGUUCAAGAUGGAGAGACUCGGAACAACAUCCAAUCUUUACUUGUUGAGCCUCUACUCAUGCUCUAUUGA